GGACGAGGAGGGAGUGACGUUGCCUUUUGCAGUGGGGAGUGGCGGGUGGCGUGUGCGGUGAAGAAGAUGAAGGGGAGGAUCAGCAAGGAGCAGAUGACGGAGUUCGUGCGGGAGGGAGAAAUGAUGCGCUCCUUGAAGCACCCGGGGAUCGUGAAGCUGCUGGGCGUGAGCGUGGAGGGAGGAAGCUUCUACCUGGUGCAGGAGAUGGUGACGGGGCACGGCAACCUCUUCGACUACCUGCACAAGAAGAAGUGCCGGCUGACCUACUGGCAGCUCCUCCAGGUCUCCUCCGGCAUCAGCGAGGCCAUGGCGUACCUCCACGAGCGCCUCAUCGUCCACCGCGAUCUGAAGCCGCAGAACUGCCUGCUCGUCAACGACCGCGGGCUCGUCAAGCUCUGCGACUUCGGACUCGCGCGCCUACGCCAUGCCGCCUUCGUAGAGACGAAGAGCAACACGGCAGGGACACCCGCGUAUCAG